CAGAUGGUAAAAUGGUAUCGACAGUUAAUGAUUUGGGAUCUGAUUUUGAUAAUUCGAAGCCCACUAAGUUUAUCACCCAUGGAUUUUUAUCUUCUGGACAAGCAGAUACUUGCAUAACUAUUAAAAAUGGAUACCUGAACAAAAGCGAUGUGAACGUAUUCGUGUUGGAUUGGAGUCCGUUGUCAAAAAUUGUUUUGUACGAUAUACCUAGAAUCGCAACGAAGUCCGUCGGGCAGCAUUUAGCAAAAUUCAUAAACAAUCUCAUUGAACAAGCUGGGCUUUUCCCCAAAAAACUCCACAUGACAGGCCACAGUCUGGGAGCGCACGUAAUGGGUUUUGCAGGAAGGUCAUUACUUGAAAAACCCAGCAGAAUUACAGGUCUAGAUCCUGCUUUACCUGGAUUCGAUAUGUCCAGUACGAAUCAUUUAACCAAAACUGACGCGGACUUUGUGGAUGUUAUUCACACUUGUGCCGGAUUAUUGGGAGUAUCAGACCCUAUAGGACAUGCUGACUUUUACCCCAACGGCGGCGAUCCUCCUCAACCUGGCUGCAACAUAUUGAACGCUGCGGAAGGCUGCAGUCACGGUAGAAGUUGGAAGUUAUUCGCUUCGAGUAUUACAUCAGUCGAGCCAUUUUUCUCGUUUUCUUGUCAGGAUUACCAGCAUAUGGAGCGAGCGAGUUGCGCGGGAGACAUGGUACCAAUGGGGGAACCCACCCCAAAGUCCACCAGGGGUAUUUUCUAUUUGAAGACGACCGACAAAUUUCCUUUUGUUAUAAGCGUGGAUGAUAAUAAAG